UUAGUUACUUAGGUUUUUAUUUUGUUGUUGUUAUAAAGGAACAGGGAAUACCUGCGUUUAUGUGUCUAGAAGAUCUUAACCUGUGAAAACAUUACAAAGGAAUAUUAAGAUAACUUAUUUUGUUAGUAAGGUUAUGCUGAAUACUCAGUGACUCAAAAUGAAGGACAUGAAUGGAGGAGAGAUCACAAAACAUGAUGAGGACCAGUACCUGGAUCAUAUCAGACUUAUCUUGGACCGUGGUGUCAAGAAGUGUGACCGCACUGGAGUGGGCACUCUCUCUGUGUUUGGUGCCCAGAUGAGAUACAACCUACGAGACGGAGUGUUCCCUUUGCUGACCACCAAACGGGUGUUUUGGAGAGGAGUGGUGGAGGAACUGCUGUGGUUCAUCAGGGGAUCGACAAAUGCCAAGGAACUGUCGGAGAAACAAGUUAAGAUUUGGGACCCCAAUAGCACUCGAGAAUACUUGGAUUCCAUUGGUUUGACAGAUCGAGUAGAAGGAGACCUAGGUCCGGUGUAUGGGUUCCAGUGGCGACACUUCGGAGCUGAGUACAAGGAUAUGUUCUCAGACUACACAGGCCAAGGAGUUGACCAACUGAAGAAUGUGAUUGAGACGUUGAAAAACAACCCAGAUGAUCGGCGGAUAAUAAUGUGUGCAUGGAAUCCGUUAGAUCUGCCCAAGAUGGCGCUACCUCCUUGCCACUGUCUGGCUCAGUUCUACGUAGCCAAUGGGGAACUGAGCUGUCAGCUGUAUCAGCGGUCGGCGGAUAUGGGGCUUGGCGUACCUUUCAACAUCGCCAGCUACGCCCUUCUUACCUACAUGAUAGCACAUGUCACUGGGCUCAAGCCAGGAGAGUUUGUGCACACGCUGGGAGACAGCCACGUCUACUUAAACCACCAAAACGCACUACGUGUACAGCUGACUCGUACCCCUCGCCCCUUCCCCUCACUGACCAUCCGACGAAAGGUCAACAACAUUGAGAAGUUCACUUACCAAGACUUUCUGCUAGACAACUACAACCCACACCCGAAAAUUGAAAUGGAAAUGGCUGUCUAGUGUUUAAAUCAUUGUACUACUUGAAAUUUGACAGAGGCCUUACAUUAGUGGCCUGACAAAGUAUGACAUAAACAAUUAAACUUAAGGUACGUUUAACUACAAAUUUUGACAUAAUUGAAAUUGAGGUUUUUAAAAUUUAAUUGAGGUAGGCCUACUCAUUUUCAUACAUAACAAGAUUUUGUCUAGUGAAUUAUUUAAGUGUUUUAAUUUUAUGUAUGACUUGUGACAUGAGACAGUCAUGUAUAUACAGUACUAAUUUUGGACUGUGAGAAUAAAAAUAUAACUUAAAAUAUUUAUUAUUUACAACACUAUUUAACAACUUACUUUAGCAUUAAGUAUUCCAAGGGUGCAUAGCAAGUUCCCUUUUUACAUAUUAUUCUUAUUAAAUAAUCCUGGAAAAGAUUUCACUAAAUAUCUCUUGUGAUUUUAGCAUUUUUGUCAAAACCACUAACAUAUUUAAAACUAUUUUUAUUACAAAGGCUGUGACAAUAACAAAUUUUUGCUCUUUCAGUAGCAUUGUUUGCUUUAUAUGAGUCUUGUUGACCGUCGAGUUACGUAAAGUUGUUUUGUAAACCAAAAUAGUUUUAUCGAUAUGUGUGUUUUUAAAGUUUGAGAUUUGUGAUUUUAUCUGUAUUAUAAGUGUGUUUUUAAGCUACUUAAAAACUACUCUUUAAGGAAGAAUUUUUAAUAAAAAUAUAAACAUUA